CUUCUACUCUCUCUCUCUCUCUCUCUCUUUCUGUGUGUUAAGAUUAAGAGUCGGUGAUUACACGCUCUGAUCUUAAGCACCUCAAUUAUUGUACAAUCCACCAUCAAAAAAACAAAAAAAAAUUUAUUGUACAAUCCCUCUAAACUGCAAAAACCCUUUUCGUCAUUUCGUGAGCCAUUAGUAGGGUUUCGAUUUCCUUUCAAUCCCAGAGCAUAUAUUUUUCUUGGCAGAGUAAGGCUUAAGUUUUUCGGUGGGGGGUUUUUAGCGCCUAGAAAAUGCAGGGAGGCAGAGGUGGCAGGGAUCCUUUCUCUAAUUUUGGUGACCCUUUUGCUGGUUUGGGGGGCUUCGGUGGCUUUGGAGAUCACAGGAGUUUACUUUCUAACUUUUUUGGAGGGAGGAACCCAUUUGAUGACCCUUUCUUCACACGCCCAUUAGGAGGCAUGUUUGAUUCAAAUCCAGGCUUCUUUGGUUCAAGUGGAAGUCCUUUUAUGAACAUGCAUCCAUCUGGAUUUCUUGAGCAUCACGGUUCAAGUGGAAGUCCUUUUAUGAACAUGCAUCCACCUGAAUUUCUUGAGCAUCAGGCACCAGAGCCGAAAAGAACAAAGGGCCCGAUUAUUGAGGAAUUGAACUCUGACGAUGAAAAAGAAGAUGUGAAUAAAGAGACUAAAGAAAAUCCUAGGAAGCAUGGUAGAUCAAGGAGUGAAUGCUAUGUUGAAGAUCCUGAUGAUGAAAUUGAAGAGAAAAAGAGCAAACAUUUGCUGUAUAGAAAUGCCGACAACAGGCUGAAUCAUAAUCAAUCACAACCUCAAGCUCGUAACUUCACUUUUGAGAGCUCCACUGUUACUUAUGGCGGUGCCGAUGGACCAUAUUAUACCUCGUCCAGGACUAGAAAGACAAGUGAUGGAGUGACAGUUGAAGAGGCCAAAGAAGCCGAUAUUGCUGCAAGGCAAGCAUCACACAGGAUAUCUAGGGGACUUCACAAUAAGGGGCAUUCUGUUAUGAGGAAGCUUAAUUCAGAUGGUAAGGUCGACACGUCGCAGAUCUUACACAAUCUGAAUGAAGAUGAGCUUGUGGGAUUCGAAGAUGCCUGGAAGGGAAAUGCUCAAAAACAUAUGCCUGGCUGGUCUGAGGAUCUUAUUGGUUAUGGAGGUAGCAGCAGUGGACAUGGGCAGGCCGGUAGGGGAGGUUGGGCACUGCCUUCAACAGAGCAUGCACAGCACUCGGGAAGAGUGAUACCAGAUGGUAGGGACAGGGGAGGAUCUUCUCACUCAGAGGUCUCAGGGAGGAAGAAAUCUGAUGUUAAAGACAAAAGUGGUUAUUCUAGGGGGAAAGCUAGAAAUUGAGACGGGGACAAAAGCUCAAUGUGUUGUAAUACACACGUCCAUGAAACCCCCUUCUUGCCUUCUCUUUUCCAGAGGGUACUAGCUCAUGUUGCCAUACCGAAUGGAUCAGACGUAGCAAGGUUAUUGAAGUUUUUAGAUAGAUAAUGAUAAUACUGAUGAUUUUUCGUUGGAGUUAAAUGUACUGGAUAUGUUUUACAAGUGGGAUCUGAAAUGAUUGUUGGUUAACCUUCAGAGGUCUCUUUCAUUGAAUGCUAAUAUAUUGGGUGAUUACUACA